AUGAAUCCUCUUGCAUUUUUAGGAGGAGUCGAUCUUGCAGCCACCGAGAAUUGGAUGCAGGAGACUGAGAAAGUUUUGGUUAUGUUACAGUGUACUGAAGAACAGAUGGUCCUCUUUGCUACCUACAAACUAACGAGGCAGGCCGAGAGGUGGUGGACUGCUUAUGCGGCUCAUUUUAUUGAGCUCUCUCAUUUCACUUCGUAUAUUGCCCCUGAUGAGGUGAAGAAAGCGAGACAAUUUGAAAGAGGCUUGAGGCGAAGCAUAUUUAAGCAGGCGGUUGUGCUAAGGAUCCAAGAUUUUGCUGAGUUAGUCAAUAGAGCAGCUUUGGCAAAGAUUGGUGAGCGUUUGGAUGCAGAGGAGCAGGGACAGAGGAAGAGAUCUGCAUCUUCAAGCUACUAG